UCGGAGAUGGAUGUCUCUCUUUGCCCGGCCAAGUGUAGUUUCUGGCGGAUUUUCUUGCUGGGAAGCGUCUGGCUGGACUAUGUGGGCUCGGUGCUGGCUUGCCCGGCGAAUUGCGUCUGCAGCAAGACGGAGAUCAGCUGCCGGCGGCCGGACGAUGGGAACCUCUUCCCGCUCCUGGAAGGGCAGGACGCGGGCAACGGCACGGGGAACGCCGGCCUCAACAUCACUGACAUCUCCAGGAACAUCACUUCCAUACACAUCGAGAACUGGCGGGGCCUGCACACGCUCAAUGCCGUGGACAUGGAGCUCUACACCGGCCUGCAGAAGCUGACCAUCAAGAACUCAGGACUUCGGAGCAUCCAGCCCAGAGCCUUCGCCAAGAACCCCCACCUGCGCUACAUAAACCUGUCGAGUAACCGGCUCACCACGCUCUCGUGGCAGCUCUUCCAGACGCUGAGUCUCCGGGAACUGAGGCUGGAGCAGAACUUCUUCAACUGCAGCUGUGACAUCCGCUGGAUGCAGCUGUGGCAGGAGCAGGGGGAGGCCAAGCUGAACAGCCAGAGCCUGUACUGCAUCAGCGCCGAGGGCUCCCAGCUGCCCCUCUUCCGCAUGAACAUCAGCCAGUGCGACCUUCCUGAGAUCAGUGUGAGCCACGUCAACCUGACCGUGCGGGAGGGGGACAACGCCGUGGUCACUUGCAACGGCUCCGGGUCGCCCCUGCCGGACGUGGACUGGAUAGUCACCGGCCUGCAGUCCAUCAACACCCACCAGACCAAUCUGAACUGGACCAACGUGCACGCCAUCAACCUGACGCUGGUCAACGUGACGAGCGAGGACAACGGCUUCACCCUGACGUGCAUCGCGGAGAACGUGGUGGGCAUGAGCAACGCCAGCGUCGCCCUCACCGUGCACUACCCCCCGCGCGUGGUGAGCCUGGAGGAGCCCGAGCCGCGCCUGGAGCACUGCAUCGAGUUCGUGGUGCGCGGCAACCCGCCGCCCACGCUGCGCUGGCUGCACAACGGGCAGCCCCUGCGGGAGUCCAGGAUCAUCCGCGUGGAGCACUACCAGGAGGGCGAGGUCUCCGAGGGCUGCCUGCUCUUCAACAAGCCCACCCACUACAACAACGGCAACUACACCCUCAUCGCCCAGAACCCGCUGGGCACCGCCAGCCAGACCAUCAACGGCCACUUCCUCAAGGAGCCCUUUCCCGAGAGCACGGACAACUUCGUCUCGAUCUAUGAAGUGAGCCCCACACCGCCGAUCACUGUGACCCACAAACCAGAGGAAGACACUUUCGGGGUGUCCAUCGCCGUGGGGCUCGCCGCCUUCGCCUGCGUCCUGCUGGUGGUCCUCUUCAUCAUGAUCAACAAGUACGGCCGACGGUCCAAGUUCGGGAUGAAGGGUCCCGUGGCCGUCAUCAGCGGGGAGGAGGACUCGGCCAGCCCGCUGCACCACAUCAACCACGGCAUCACCACCCCCUCGUCGCUGGAUGCCGGGCCUGAUACGGUGGUCAUCGGCAUGACCCGCAUCCCGGUCAUCGAGAACCCCCAGUACUUCCGCCAGGGACACAACUGCCACAACCCGGACACGUACGUGCAGCACAUUAAGAGGCGGGACAUCGUGCUGAAGCGAGAGCUGGGAGAGGGAGCCUUUGGCAAGGUCUUCCUGGCCGAGUGCUACAACCUCAGCCCGACCAAGGACAAGAUGCUGGUGGCUGUGAAGGCCCUGAAGGACCCCACCCUGGCCGCCCGGAAGGACUUCCAGAGGGAGGCCGAGCUGCUCACCAACCUGCAGCACGAGCACAUCGUCAAGUUCUACGGCGUGUGCGGCGACGGGGACCCCCUCAUCAUGGUCUUCGAGUACAUGAAGCACGGGGACCUGAACAAGUUCCUCAGGGCCCACGGGCCGGACGCCAUGAUCCUCGUGGACGGGCAGCCGCGCCAGGCGAAGGGCGAGCUGGGGCUCUCCCAGAUGCUGCACAUCGCCAGUCAGAUCGCCUCGGGCAUGGUCUACCUGGCCUCCCAGCACUUCGUGCACCGCGACCUGGCCACCAGGAACUGCCUGGUCGGGGCCAACCUGCUGGUGAAGAUCGGGGACUUCGGCAUGUCCAGGGACGUCUACAGCACGGACUACUACAGGCUCUUUAAUCCAUCUGGAAAUGAUUUUUGUAUAUGGUGUGAGGUUGGCGGACACACCAUGCUCCCCAUCCGCUGGAUGCCCCCCGAAAGCAUCAUGUACCGGAAGUUCACCACGGAGAGCGACGUGUGGAGCUUCGGGGUGAUCCUCUGGGAGAUCUUCACCUACGGGAAGCAGCCCUGGUUCCAGCUCUCCAACACAGAGGUCAUCGAGUGCAUCACCCAAGGCCGCGUUCUGGAGCGGCCCCGCGUCUGCCCCAAGGAGGUGUACGACGUCAUGCUUGGGUGCUGGCAGAGGGAACCGCAGCAGCGGUUGAACAUCAAGGAGAUCUACAAAAUCCUCCACGCGCUAGGGAAAGCCACCCCCAUCUACCUGGACAUCCUCGGCUAGCGGUGGCCGGCGGUCACGACCUCGUCCUCCGCGGCCGCCUCUCUCCCGGCCUCACACGCCCCCUUUCCACCUCCCUGCUCCUCCCCUCCACCCUUGACUGAAGCGAACAUCUUCAUAUAAACUCAAGUGCCUGCUACACAUACAACACUGAAAAAAAAAAAAGAAAAAAACCGCUGUAAGGCAAGUCGGCAUAUAUAUAUAUUUAUAUAUCUAACUAUCUAUCUAUAUCUACAGAGAGAUACCCUGUCUAAUGCAGACAGAAGCUGCUGCUGCAGAAACCACAAGACUGUAACGACAACUCAGAGGUUCUUAAAUGUUGUGAGCGCGAGGGACCCUGCCCUUGGACUGAAGCUGCAGCCCAGGCCACGUCAGCUCCAGCGUUUCGGAGCCGAAGGCCGUGGUGGUGCACAGGGACAGUCUCGCGAUGCACAGGGACAGUCUCGCGGCGGGGUGGGCGGAGCCACCCCGCGCCUGGAACCGCCGGCGCAGGCGCGGUGCCCUCGGGCCCUGCGCGGGUGCGUGCACCAGCCGUGCUCUGGCAGGAAGUAACACUGGACCCGGCGCCUUGUGUCCCCACUGGCCCUUGUCUCCACGCCUUCCCUCUUCGGGAGAAACCCCGCGCACUUCAAGACCGUUUUGAAAUUUGCCCGCUCCAGGAAGGGCAGUCCUGACCUGACGCUUUCGGGAGUCAACGGGGGCGCCUACAGGUAAACGCUGGAAAGGAGCGACAAUGAAACCGAGUCCUGCAGACGGGGGACUGCGUCCGUCUUGGGUAUCGGCCGCGCCCCAGGCCCUUGCCGGCAUCGAAGGGGAUGCGUGAUCUGCUCUCGGAACAUCAGGACCUGGGCUUCUGGACGGCAAGGACGACGGAACAAGCUGCAGCGUCGACCCAUCUGCAGGCGCCGCCCCUGUCUUUUCGUCACCGCCCACGCUCAGGCCUUUGGGCAGCUGGGGGGCAGGGAUCGUCCACCCUGUUGCCCGCAUCUGUGGACACAGAGGGUCUCCACAGCAGGACUCUUAGUCCUCCUGGGUCCUCUGCUCCUCAUUCUGCUUCCCCGAGGUCCUCGCCCCCCUUGCUGGCCUCCCCGGAGUCCCAGCGAGCCACUGCGGGAGGGGCGGGUCUCGGGAGGCUGGCUUCAGGGAGCAGAGGAAGCCUCUGGCACCUGCAGCCGCCCCUUGGCAUUCUGCUCACGUCUCCAGCCCACGGAGGGAUUGAUGCAUCUGC